CGUGCGGUGUAGUAGGUCAGUUGGAUAUACAAUUUCGUUUAAAUUUAUUUACAUCAGUAGUUGUGGUAGUUUCACACGCGAUUUUGAGAGGAUUACUAUCUCAUUUUAAAAGGACAAAUACACUGGGAUGGUGAAUAUUAACAAUAAAUUUAGUGACAUAAGGAGUUAAAUAACAGUUCAAUGCAAUGGCGGCAGUGACUGCCAUUUCGCCAAACAUUUCUGGAUGUGUUAAGGUGGAGUUAGCUAAUAUCACAGCCAGGGGAAACUUCGGUUCUAUACAGCCAGUCCUAGAAAAAUAUGAAACGGGUCUCUUACUUCUUCUCGGGUUUGCGGGCAUUUCCGUCAUUUUAGCCCUCCUCCACCGGUUGGUUAGAAAACACGUGUAUAAUGACGCCAACAACGUUGACACCGCCUUCGAUGCUGGUGGGCGUGUCAGUACAAGUUUGACAGCAGUGACGGUUGCUUCCCAGUUUCUUUGGCCAGGGGAUAUUCUGCAAAGUUCUACGAUCACUGUAAAAAGCGGAAUUUCCGGUCCAUUAUGGUAUACUGUUGGUGCUGCUUUAAACAUUGCCUUGUUUCCAAUAGUAUCUGUGUACCUAAAGACCCGAGCUCCCGGGGCAAAAACCUAUCUACAGAUAAUGAAAGCACGAUAUGGCAAACCUGCUCACGUCAUCUUUGUUAUUCUGGCACUGCUUGUCAAUUUGUGUGUCGUCUCUACAUUGAUUGUGGCUGGUGUCGCCACAUUUCAGUCAUACACUGUGGACGCCUCCAACGAGUUCUGUGUCAUGAUUAUUGCCGUGCUUUUUGGUUCAUACUCAUUUAUAGGAGGCCUAGGUACAACAUUUUAUGUGUCCUAUUUCAACGCCGUGCUCAUAUUUGGCAUUCUUAUUGCACUGAACGUGAAGAUUCUGUAUUCACCCGACAGCGACUCGGGUGUUGGAUCUAUAGAUAAGAUCUACGAAAAGAUGCAAUGUCUCAUAGCCCCUGAAGGCAAUGCUGAAAGGAGUUAUUUCACUUUCAAAUCCGAGAAUGGGCUUGUUUGGGCUUUUAUGGGACUUUGUGUUACUGCUUCUCUAACCUACUGCGAUCAAGCUGCUUGGCAGAGCCGUAUCGCGGCUAAACCUUUGCAGGGGGUAUUGGGAUUUCUAAUAGCUGCUUAUAUUUGGUUUGCUAUUCCAAUAUCUAUAUCCACAUCAGCAGGUCUGGCCUAUCUUUCUAUGGCUCUAGAUAAUUCUUCAACAAGUGUACUGUCACCAGCCGACGUGGAUGAAGGACUUAUAACACCGUUUAUGACGGAGCGUCUUCUUGGUGACGUUGGUGGUGUCCUGAUUGUCACCAUGAUUGCAAUGACCUUGAUGAGUACGGGGUCAGGAGAGGUCAUGGCCGUUUCAUCUAUCAUUGUUUAUGACAUUUACCAGGUCUACAUCAAUCCAUUCAGAAAGUCCCAUAACCCCGAGGAUUGUAUUUUAUGUAAUAAAAAACUUGCAGAACCGAAACAAGAAGACCAAACUGUUAUAUGCACGUGUCCGAACGUUCUCACGUGCCAGGAGUGUAAGACUGACGAGGAAAUAAACUCCAAGGAAGGCCUCACAUACAUUGGACAGUACCGAUGUCAAUACCAUGGCCGAUAUAGACAGUACCAAGAAAGGAUGCUUAUGUAUAAGAGUUGGUGUAUUCUCUGGGUCACCAUUGCUAUCGUUCCCUUAGGGCUUGCAGUAAUCGCUAGCGGUGUUGACCUCAACUGGGUUAUGAUGAAUGGCUUUAUUGUAACACUACCUUGUUUUCCGCCUGUUGUACUGUCAAUAUUUUGGAGUAAAACAUCCAGAGCAGGUGUUAUCUCUGGAGCCCUGUUUGGCAUUGUAUGUGGAGUGAGUGUAGCUUUAGGAGUAGCAUCCACUUAUGAGGGAGGACUCAACAAUUUUCUCGAAAAUACCGUGCAGAAUAACUCUGUCAUGGCUGGUGCAGGGACAAGCAUUGGUGUAAGUUUUCUUGUAACUCUCUUGGUCUCUUGCGGAACCCACAAUAUUAAGUCUGAAAGUGAUGUAAAACGGGAAUGGCUAAAAUUACGUGAUAUAGAUAACCCUCUACAUCCGUGGUCCCAGCUUUACGUGGAAGAUAUUCCGGGCCUACAAAAGGGAGAUAAGCCUUCUGUAGAACAACUCGAUAAAGUGUUUAAAAAGGCUCGUAUCUUAGCAUAUGUUGGCGGCGCAUUCACAGCUGUUCUUUUUGUUGGCAUUGUGCCAGCAGUGAUGUUGAGCCUGCACGUGCUGACCAUGCGUGAAUUUGAAGUUUGGACUCACGUGUUACAAAUAUUUUGUUUCUCUAUGGCGGCAGUGGUUGUUGUGGUAGCGCCGGCAGAAGAGAUUAUACAGAUAUGCCGACAAAGGAAAGAAAACAAGAAAGAAAAAAGACGUUCAUACUUGAAUUCUUACACAAACGAUAUGCAUCUGGGACCGAAGUAAUACGAAAAAAAAACGUGCAAUGACUUCUAGUAUCAUGUUUAUGAUUUUUAUGUUUUAGGCAUUUUUGGUCGGAAAAGAUAAGUAAGAUAUUUGGUAAAACGUUUAUGAUUUUGUCUCCCAAAUAUGGGUAACAUGUUAAUGAUUUUUAUCUGCUUUAUGCAUUCAUCGUCGUAAAAAUAUUUUGUCUGUUUUAAGCAUUUUUCGUCGGAAAAGAUAGCUAAUCUUUUUAGUAACGUGUUUAUGAUUUGAUGUUUAAAACAGUUUUCGUCGUAAAAAAGAUAACUAAGGUUUUUUUAGUAAUGUGCUUAUGAUUUUUAUCAAUUUUAAGCAUUUUUCGUCAGAUAACUUAGAAUUUUAGGGACAUAUUUAUGACUUUUAAAUAUUUAUCGCUGGAAGAGAUAACUAAGAUAUAAUAGUAGUGAAAAUGAAACUUGUAGGUACCUUUCAAACAGUUUACAAGAGUAUGUAUUAUAUCUAGUUUUAUCUACUUUUAUACUGUGUACUUUUAAAAUAUUGUACAAAUAAAAUAUUUUGCUACAUGUAA